UCACCUUCUUACUCCCCAAGUUAGACUCUGCUAACACUGCUAUAAGUAGGCGGACGACGUGCACACUCCACACACAUCCACCCCGCCACUCUCGUCAGCUCGCAGUAGCCAAACCUCUCUCGCACAUCGCCAGAGCAAUCACGACUCGGCGAUGGAGAACAGCAGCGGCAGCGCCAGCAAUGGCGAGGUGGCGGCGGCUUUCCGGGUCCCGGACUCGUGGAACUUCGAGCCGAACGAGAGGCUCCUGGGCCUGAUGUCGCUCUCGGUGCGCGGCGUGCUAGCCAAGAUCAAGGCCGAGAUGGUUGCCGGCGGCGGCGGCGGCGCUGGUGGAAGGCCGGUGAUCCCGAUGGGCCACGGCGACCCGUCGGCGUUCCCGUGCUUCCGGACGGCGCCGGAGGCCGUGGACGCCGUCGCCGGCGCGCUGCAGUCCGGCGAGUACAACUCCUACUCCACCUGCGUCGGCCUUGAGCCAGCACGGAGGUCCAUUGCACAGUACUUAUCCCGUGAUUUGCCAUAUGAAUUGUCACUUGAUGAUGUCUACCUCACAAACGGCUGUGCUCAAGCAAUUGAGAUAAUCUGCUCUGUGUUAGCUCGUCCUGGUGCCAACAUCUUGCUACCAAGGCCUGGCUACAAGUUCUAUGAGGCGCGUGCUGUUUUCAACGGAAUGGAAGCCCGGUACUUCGAUCUUCUACCUGGGAAAGACUGGGAGGUUGACACUGAGUGUGUCCAAGCUCUUGCAGACAAGAAUACUGUUGCCAUUGUCAUUAUCAACCCAGGAAACCCAUGUGGCAAUGUGUACUCCUAUGAGCACCUGGCCAAGGUUGCUGAGACGGCACGGAAGCUUGGCAUAUUUGUAAUAGCAGAUGAGGCUUAUGCACACUUGACAUUUGGAGAGAGGAAAUUUGUGCCGAUGGGUGUGUUUGGGGCUGUGGCUCCAGUGCUCACACUGGGGUCAUUAUCAAAGAGAUGGCUGGUGCCCGGUUGGCGGCUUGGAUGGAUUGUUACAAAUGAUCCUAAUGGUGUAUUUCAGAGAACCAAGGUAGCCGCUAGCAUCAGGACCUAUCAUUAUAUCUGCUCUGAUCCUACAACAUUUGUUCAGGGAGCAGUUCCAAACCUCCUGGAGAACUCAAAGGAGGAAUUCUUCCAAAAGACCAUCAAAAUUCUCAAAGAAAGUGCAGACAUGUGCUGGGAAAAGAUGAAGCACAUCAACGGAAUCACAUGCCCAAGCAAACCAAUGGGAUCCAUGUUUGUAAUGGUGAAACUGGAUCUGUCCUGCCUGAAGGACAUCAAAGAUGACAUGGACUUCUGCUGCCGGCUGGCAAAGGAAGAAUCAGUGGUUGUUCUGCCAGGACGUGUUGUGGGAUGCAAGGAUUGGCUCCGGAUCACCUUUGCAAUUGACCCAUCUUCUCUCGAAGACGGCCUUGACAGGCUCAAGUCCUUCUGCCUGCGACACAGCAAGACGGCCGGCGGAGUGAUGUGAUGAACUGCUCGCUGGUUCGUUCGUUGCAUUGCAACACGAGACAGACAGACUGUUAUGAACUUGUUCUACAGAUGUAUGUAUGAUGUUGUGUAGUUGUAACAUCUUCACUCAAAGAUGAUAUAUUUGAAUAUUUGAUGCUCUAGCUAGCUGAUUCACAAA